UGACGUCAUGGAAGUAAGUGAUGUCACGGAAAUAAGUGAUGUCAUAGAAAUAAAUGAUGUCAUAGAAAUAAAUGAUGUCAUAGAAGUAAAUGAUAUCAUAGAAAUAAAUGAUGUCAUAGAAGUAAAUGAUGUCAUAGAAGUAAAUGAUAACAUAGAAGUAAAUGAUAACAUAGAAAUAAAUGAUAACAUAGAAAUAAAUGAUAACAUAGAAAUAAAUGAUAACAUAGAACAAAAUUGUGCACCUGCAAAAUACCAUUGCUUAGAAAACAGCUACUGCUUACUAAAUACUAAUACUAAAGAAAAAGAAAAUAACCUUUUAGAUUUCAAGAAUGUCAUGAAGGAAUAUGAAUCAGCUCAAAAUGAAAAGGAGAACGUUGGAAUAUUAGAAGGCUACAUUAAUGACUAUAUCGAAAGUACAAUAAAAGGGUUAAAGGAAAAUAAAAACAGAAUUAAUCUAGGAUCAGAGAAUAAUUCAGAUUAUAAUAUGAAUAUAGAUAACACAUUGAAACAUUUAACAUAUGAAAUAUUUUUUAAUAUAAAAAAUUCUAAGAAAGAAAUAUCAAAAGAAUAUAAUAAUAAAUAUGAAUUAUUUGCUGCUAUAAGAAAUAUUUUAUUAUCUAAGUAUACAUAUAUAUGCGAAUCUGUCGAAGAAAUAGGAAACAAACCAGGGGUGCCAAUGCGUCCAAAUGAUAAGAAAAAUAUUAAAAAUAUAAAAAAUAAAAAAAUCAUAAAAAAUAUAAAAAAUAUAAAAAAUAUAAAAAAUAUAAAAAAUAAAAAAAAUAAAAAAAUCAUAAAAAAUAAAAAAAAUAAAAAAAUCAUAAAAAAUAAAAAAAUCAUAAAAAAUAAAAAAAUCAUAAAAACCAAAAAAAUCACAAAAACCAAAAAAAUCACAAAAACCAAAAAAAUCAUAAAAAAAAAAAGAAUGAUAAAAAAAAAUAAGAAUAAUAUUAUGAAUUUUAAUAGGAGUGAGGAGGUUUAUGAUUAUAACAAUAAUGGUAAUAUUAACAGGGGAAAUCGAA